AUGAGCCUCCCAACAGAAAAAGGGAUACCUUCUGUCAAAAAUGGGAAUGAGGAUGCACAAGAAGGAGAAGAACUUAGCCAACAGGUCUAUUACGCAAUUGCCAGCGUGUAUGCUCUCCUUGCUGUCAAGGCAUUCACUCUUAAUGCUCUUGUGCUCAUUACAUUCACGAAGGACAGCGCCCUUCGUUCGCACUCAAACAUUCUUAUCCUUAGCAUAGCUUUCGGUGACUGGAUGCAAGCAGUGGUAACGUGUCCUUUGGGAGUUGUUAGCAUUUUAAUAAAAAAUUUGGCAAACGACGGGAACGUCCUGUGUAUCUUACGGCUUCAUGAUGACAUUUUAUCCUUCGGCACCAUGCUACACCACGCUACUUUCGCCAUUAAGCGCGCCAUCGUGAUAAAGUUCGUCAACAAGUUAAAAUACAUCAUCGUUGGACUUUGGUUGUUUGCCCUAAUUUGGAGUACCUUGCCUCUGAUUGGUUGGUCAGGGUAUGCCCCUGAGGGAGGACUCUCGGUUUGCUGGAUUGAUUGGCAAAAUUCUUGUCCACGUGCCAUUGCUUACAUUUGGUGCAUCUUCGUUCUUUUCUUCUUGGCUCCUUUUGUAAUAAUGGUUAUCGCAUACGACUCUAUCUACUGCAACGUGAAAAGGAUGACUCGAAUUGCGCGUGACAUGUGGGGAGAUGACGCUCCUCCGACUUUAGAAGCCAUUUUAACAGAAUCAAAAACCGCAAGAAUGGCAUGCAUUGUGUCAUUUUGUUUCUUGUUUGCAUGUACACCAUAUGCCAUUGUAUCACUUCACGCCACCAUCUGA